UUUAGACGGCUGCAUGUCGGACGAGAGCGGGCGGCCGUCUUGCGAUGUCACGGGACUGGGCGGGGCGGGCCGUCACCCGUCGGGUAUCCUGACAGGACAGUGCUAUCGUUUUUGCGUGUGUUAUGUGUGCCCCAUUGACUGAAGAAGUGACUUUGUAGCGGAACGCGAAGGAUCGCCCAUCCACCAGAAUAUUUCAACGGCCACCACCGUCGAACAUUCUCCUCUGCCAACCCCCGUCGUUACACCAUACUAUCAUUGUAUCUGUGCCCCCUUUGCCGUGGAUAAGAUGGCGGCCGACGAGGCGCCCGGUGUUCAAGGGUGAAAUAGGAGGUUUGGGCUUAUCAUUCACCUCCCGCCCUUGUUCCCGACACUGACGAUAUGGACACAGUAUGGCCCCAGCACACCGGCACACCUCAGGGAGAAGUCUUGUUCUGUCGAUCAUUUGCCUCCAAGCCAUAUGUCUUCAAGUGUCUAGCGAGUGUGAUCAAACGUUCGUGAGUAGGCCCGGGGGUCCGCUGAACGGCACCUUCCAGGCACCGGAGUUCCUAAAUCCGCGCGCCCAUUCGCGCCAGUGUCUCUACAACUUCCUGGCGGGUCCCGGCCAAAGGGUCGAAGUCAUCCUAACCAGUUUCACGCUGCGAGGCACUCCGCCAGAUUGUGUUCAUGAGUACAUGGAUGUGUACUCGGAGGUUGUGAGUCCUGACGCCGGAGACCUCAUCAACUCGCCGUUCGGAGGACGUUAUUGCGGGCCGAUACCGCCGCGACGCCGUGUCUCGUUAUACCGCGCCAUCACCCUAGCCUUCUAUACCGACAAGAACGCCUCCACGAGCGACCUCUUCACCGGCAGAUAUUCCUUUAUUAAUGACUCGGAAUAUGAAGUGGGUGCACCGGUAGCGAACACCCAGUGCAGUUUUUUGGUGAAGGGCGCGGUCAAACCGACCGGCGUCAUCCUUUCUCCGACCUAUCCUGGCGCAUAUCCAAAGGCUCUCGUCUGCUCCUACCAGUUCCUAGGCAUCCAAGGGCAGCGAGUGCGACUCGAGUUCAGGGACUUCGAUCUCUUUUUUGGCGGACCUCACUGCCCCUUUGAUUACGUGAAAGUGUACGAUGGCUCGGACAAUUCUUCGGCUGUGAUCGGCACUUACUGCGGCCAACAACGUAACCUCGUGCUCUACUCGUCGGAGUCGUCGCUCCUCGUUACCUUCGUCACCCUCCCACGCACUGCCAAUACUCAAAAUAGGGGAUUCAAAGGUAUCUUCGAGUUCUCGAAUUCAUUUACCAAGUUAGACUUUAUAAGAAAAAACGAAGGGGUACACAUCCGCGGGUCGGAGUGCGAUCAAAAGAUACUUUCGAAAAAGGAGUCCAGCGGCUCCGUAUUUAGUCCAAACUAUCCAUUUCCGUACAUACCGAAGCUUGUUUGUCGUUAUUUCAUAUACGGCAUGCAGGAUUCACAGCACCUCGAACGGGUUCGUCUCGAAUUCUCACGUUUCGAGAUUCCCAAAGGACCUAAGGGAGAUUGCUCGGAUGGUUAUUUAAAAAUUUAUACGAAAGGCCAAGAAACGACGGACUCGUACGACAAAUUCGAUCACGAGAUGUGCGGAGGUACGAGCAAACCACCGGUGAUCGUAUCCGAAGGUCCUCGGAUGGUUUUAGUUUUUAGCAGUGGCGACCUAAUGGGUAAAGGAUUCAAGGCCAACUAUACGUUCGAAACGGAGUACCGGAUUCCUGGUACCGCCGCUCCGGACGGCAGUUGCACGUUCACCUACAUGAGCGAAAGCAAGAAACGCGGGGAAUUUAAUUCGCCCAGGUAUCCUUCCAACUAUCCGAGCGAUACCAAUUGUACAUACAAUUUCAUGGCCACCAAGAACGAGCAGGUCACGCUGAUCUUCGAUAACUUCAAAGUGCGCGCCGAUUUGGCCAACUCCUCUAUUGGCUCCUAUGGAGCUACUGUUUGUCAAGAGGAUUGGCUGGAGAUAUACAACGUAUACCAUGAUGGAGUUGAGAAGAUCGUAGGCCGGUACUGCGGGAUGACAGCUCCAGGUCCGAUUGAGUCCAAUCUGGGCGCGAUGGGUCUGAAGAUCGUCCUUCAUGCGGAUUCUGAGGGCGUGUACAGCGGCUUCAAGGCACGGUAUAACUUCGAGAAGUCCAAAUCGAUAUUCGGCAAUUGCGGCAGCAACAUCAGCAGCCUCGACUACGGCAUCAUCAGCAGCCCUAAGUACCCGAAGAAGUACGACGGACCGGAGAAGGGCUCCUCGGCGAAAACGUGCAAUUGGUAUAUCAACGUUAGGCCUAAGUACAAGAUCUUGCUAGACUUCGAAACCUUUGCGGUCGAGGGCGAACCAAUCGGUAGGGGAUGUCCCGCGGCUGUUCUGAGGCUUUGGACGAACAUGGCAGGAUCACCCAUCGAGCUCUGCGGAGAGAAAGGCGUCGAUGACAAAUGGCAAUAUCUCUCAGACUCAAACUCAAUACGCUUCAGUUUCAUAACGGCAGAUAAAGCGGUCGGUGCACAAGGAUUCAGGGUAGUGUGGACGGAGGUGCAGGAAGGUCCUAGUUGCGAUGAGUUCCAAUGCGUGAAGAGCGGUUUCUGUAUUCCUGAGAAGCUGCGCUGCAAUUCGGUUAACAAUUGCGGGGCAGAUGACAACUCCGACGAGGCCGACUGUUUCGUGGAGGAACCUCCGGAGGACUACACAGUGCUGAUGGCGAGCGGCGUCGCGGCGCUGUGCAUCCUGCUGCUGGUGCUCUGCAUCCUCUGCCACAGGAAACGGCGCCGACGUCGACGCGGCGGACUCCACCGACCCUUCCAGCUGCCCGUCCCCGCGGGCUCGUCUCGCCAUCCACCACAGCACGACCUUGGCGAACGCUUCGCAAGCGUGGACAGCGUCUGAUGGUUAUUAUCCUGUGCCACCGCCGCCGCCAGCAAUACACACCACCAGCUAUAUCCUUUGGAUGCACGCGAUUUGAUCGGUUCCCAACGUCAGCAAAACGAGAGGACGAAACCAAAAAAGGAUCGUACAAACAACACCACACAACGUUGUUGUCUACUGUUCCCUUGGUCGAGCACGAACAACGCAUUCGGUAUAUCCAAUAACGGAGAAUGGCCUACGUAUGAACAAUAAGAAAGGACACCUCGAGGAGAACGAUGGAAAUUAUAUAAAGCGAAACAUUGCCCGAUUUUUUAUACGAAUGGAGAUAGAAGAAGAGGAGAAAAAAAAAGCAUUAACCAAUUACGUAAUAAUAGAUAGCACUUAUUUGUACAGUAAGAAUCGACUUCCAACUCGCGUCUAUCUCUCUAUCACACACACACACUCAGUUCACAUGUUUUAAUUAAAAUAUGAAUAUAAAUUAAACAGCCCCGAUUGUUACGAGGAUGAAAACGUUACGAACAGAAAGAAUUGAAUGAUGAAGGAGAAGAAUUAUUUAAAAAAAUAAUACUAAUAAUAAAAAAAACCAGAGACAAUCUCAAACCAAUCUUCCAUGUAGUGAAGUAAUGUUAUGUAAAUAAGCGAGACUAUUCGAAUUUAGCAAAUUGUUUAAGUUUAAUCAUAUCAGAAUCACUUGACUAUUCCCCCUCCUUAUAUUAUUGUUGAACGAUGCAAUGAUGACUAUAGGAAGCAGAACACAGGAAGUCGGAAGUUGGUUAAUUUCCAGAUGAGGUUUUACACUAUAUCAAAAGUACAAUAAAUCAAGGCGAGGAUUCCUUUUUGGCACGUCGGUUUUUGGACAAUCAUUCAUCGCCUCGGUAUUGCUGACGGUCGGCCGGUAACGGAGCUCAUGGGAAUAUUUAGAAGAGAUCGAGGAGAAGCAGGAAGAAAGAGAGAGAAAGAGAAGUAUCCAGAAGCACCUCCGCAGAAGCCAUCACACCCCAACACCACAACCACCAAACCAACAGAAACACCAUCAUCUUCCCCCCCUUAAAGAAGGAUGCUCAUUACAUCUUAGAUCGAAACUGUGCGUGAAGUCAAUAAGUUGUAUCUAAACGCCCGAACGGAACGGAACAAUUGUGGACGCAGUUCGUCAGGCUCAAAGGGGGGAAUUUUAUAUUAAUGAAAAUAUAUAUUAAACAAUAAAUAGCGAUUAACGGUGAAUAAU